GUCAGCUGACAGCUGUGACCAACCAGCGGGUGUAACAUCUCCACGGAGGAGACCCUGAACGGAGAAAAAAGCCUCCCUCUGUCUACUCCAAACCGUAUCAGGCGCGGAGAACCGGACAGCCGUUAACCCCCCUCCUCCCCCCGAUAACCGGCCACGUCUUCCCGCCUCCUGCAGGAUGAGUGUCGGCGCUCCGAAAGGCCUGGCCAGCUCGGGGCAGAAGCCCAUCACGGAGAUCCUCCACCCGCUGUCCGCCGCCGAGGAGCCGCUCUCAGUCACCGUCAACGUCGGAGGGGACAAGGAAGCGGGACUAACCAAUGGCACGCCAGUUGAGACGUCGAGCCCCGCGUCCGCGUCAUCGCUGUUCAACAGGCUGCAGCUGGACGACGACCUGGAAGCAGACGUCCGGGACCUCUACGCCUCCACAGAAACCCGGGACCUUUUUGUGACAGUCGACGAUCCAAAGAAGCACGUCUCCACCAUGGAAACCUACAUCACCUACAGAGUCUCCACCAAGACAACACGGAUAGAGUUUGACCUGCCGGAGUACUGCGUGCGGCGGCGCUACCAGGACUUUGACUGGCUGAGGAUCAAGUUGGAGGACAGCCAGCCAACCCACCUCAUCCCUCCGUUGCCAGAGAAGUUCGUGAUGAAGGGCGUGGUCGACCGUUUUUCGGAGGAGUUCGUGGAGACGAGGAUGAAAGCUUUAGACAAGUUCCUGAAGCGAGUCGCUGACCACCCCGUCCUCUCUUUUAACCCACAUCUAAAUGCUUUCCUGUCUGCCAAGGACCUGAACAAGCGUCAAGGUCUGGCCCUGUUGACCAAGGUGGGCGAAUCCGUGAAACACGUUGCCGGUGGCUACAAACUGCGGGCACGGCCGGCUGAGUUCUGUGCCAUGGGAGAGUACCUGGACACCUUUAGCCAGAAGCUGGGAACCAUCGACCGCAUCGCCCAGAGGAUCCUCAAAGAGCAGUCAGAGUACCUGACAGAACUGCGCGAGUACGGCACCGUGUACUCAAGUUGGGCGACGUCGGAGGAGGAGCUGCAGCGCCCCCUGGAGGGGGUGGCCAGCUGCGUGAAGACAUGCUGCGGAGCGCUGGAGGACCAGAGUGAAAGCAUGAGCCAGGACUUCCUGCCUGUUCUCAGAGAAUAUGUCCUCUACAUAGAGUCCAUGAAGAACGUUUUGAGGAAGCGGGACCAGACCCAGGCGGAGUACGAGGGCCGACUAGAAGCAGCAAUAUUGCGGAAACAGGAGGACAGAACGCCAAUGCCAGUGGAGGUCGAGAAAUGCCAAGACAAAGUGGAGUGUUUCAACGCGGACCUGAAGGCAGACUGGGAGCGCUGGCAGAGCAACAAAAGACAAGACUUUAAACAGCUUCUCACCGGCAUGGCCGACAGAAACAUCAACCACUAUGAAAAGUGCCAGGCGGCGUGGGAGUCGCUCAUAACUCUCCUUCAGGACAAACAGACUGAGGACAAAACGAGCGAGACGAACUGAAACACCUCCUCAUGUCUCUGCCCUCCACCUCGCUCCCCCCCCUCCCCCCCCCCCCCCCCCCCUCCCUCCCCCACCUCACCGUAUCUGAUGCCAAGGAUAAGGACCAACCAGGCAGCAGAUGUGAACUGCUGGACUCUUGUGAGACAUUUGUACAGAGGGGAGUCGUCUGUCUCAGAGAUCUGACCUGUGAAGGAGGUAACAAAUGGUGCAUUCAAGGACAGCGGGGAAAGAGGAGAGCCCUACCAUGUACAGACAUUUUCCUUUUUUGUUCGUAUUCACUUUUUGUACUUCAUAUGUCCAAUUAACAGGCAGUUAUUUAACCGCAGUCUCAGAGAUUUUUGCUGUCUGUUCUCAAGUGUGAAGGAUAAUUCUUUAGCAGAAAAUGGAUAAGAUAAAAAAAAGUUGGUGUGAGGUGUAAAGCGUUCAGAGAAUCCCCAACGUUUCCUUUUACCUGUGAGUCUCUGAAAACGUAACGCUAAAACUCUCCACUGGAACAAGACUCUUUAAGGCAUUGUAUCGGCUGUAAAUUUAAAGGACCAUACCUGUUAUUUGUGCAUGUUUCAGUCCAUACACUCUUCUACUUACCAUUACUGUUACUCAUUUUCCAAAAAGUUUAUAAGCCUUAUCGUUUUCAUAUUUUCCCUGCAGCCAUGGUUAUGAAAAUCAACCUGCAGAGACUUGAAACUUGCUGUGAGCAUCAGAGCUUCACGACUCUAGCCUUUGUGUUCAAUCAGUCGCAGCACACAGAUGGAGAAGAAGCAGGAGGUGGAGCAGCAGACCUCCAAUAAAUUCCUGCCUCGUAAUUGUUCUUCAAAAAAGGAACAUUGAGGUUGUGUUUUUGAUCAUUACGGAUAAAUGGACAUGAAGUAAAGCCACUGACACCAGCGAGGGCAUCUUGUUUAACAUUGAGUUUUAUCAGGGACGUUUUGUUGGAGGUGAUUUUGUGUUUUUACUCCAUGAAGCUGAGCACAGGUCCACGCUGCAGAUUUGGGUUUGAGUACAGUGCAACAGCACCACCUGGUGGUUAAGAUGCCAAUGGGUUUCAUUUUCUUUUAAUUCAUGUUGGUUUGUUUUGAUAUCACAUAUUUUUGUUGUUGUUGGGAUUUCACCUCUCACCUUCAGACAAAUGCUUUAACUCAGUUACGGAUACUAAAGGGCAGAUUUACUCAAUGAAAAGCACACAGAAGGAAUUAAGGCGAAGACUCUCUUGGUACGCUGUAAUUUAUUCUCUUUAAACAAAUGAAAACAAUCUGGUUAGUUUACUCAGUUAUAGAGGAGUUUUGAAAGAAGAUGAGUAUGUCUCAAAGGCUGGCUAUGUCAUGAAAUCUCUGCUGUGUCAUGUGAACACCUGAGGGGUUAAAUAAACCGGCGCUAAAAGCAGUUUUGUGAAAGCUCUUCAGGCCAGACAAAAAGUACAUUUUGAGUGAUCCACACUUUUAUUUGAAAAGUCACUUGUUCUAACAAUUUAGACUAAAUAACUAAUAAUAGUUUGUUCUAUUAAACCCUCAUUAGAGCAGAAAAAUGCAUUCUGAGAUAUUCUGUCACGCGUCAGUGUAUAAUAUUUGCUGCACCCACUUCAUUUUGUAUGAAUGAAGUGAACUUCAUUCACUGUCCUCGGCCAUACUGCUAGCUAAUCCCACUCAGCAAAAAGUAUUGUAAACUCGACCAAUGAUGACCAGGGCAGGACAUUUUCAUCACCAUGUUUACAAGGACGCUGAUUUUGUUCAUGUGUGUCACAAAUUUCAAAGUGUUGUAACCUCAUAAACAGGAAAAAAAAUCCCCAAACAAUUCUAACAAUUAAGUUUCUUUGGCAGGAUUUCCAGAAACAAGGUGCUGGUUUUACUUUUUCGAGUCUUUGCUCCUUGAGGCGUUGUUAAAAACAGAAAAAUCUCCUGUGUUUUAGUCGUUCCUUUUUAAAUGUCCUUUUGUCCGAUUGUCUUUGAAUGGCCCUCACAGUGUCCUUUUUAGGGGACUGUCACAUUACUGAGCCUGCCGAAAUUCGAGUGCUGCAAGAAAGCGAUGAGAGGAAGUGACUGUGGCUGCUCACAGACUGAUUUGAUACUUUGUCAGUUCUCUUUUUUUUCCGUCCGUCACAUUUUCCCCUCAAGCUUUAAAAGCAAGAAGCAGAUACUGUUUCUUCUGACUUGAAUACAAUAUCAUUUUUAUUUAAACAUUGUCAGUAAGAUGGAGAAAAGCUUUGAGUUCCAGUGUCGAGGCAGCCACAGCAGACAAUACUACAGAUGCACUAAUGCUAAAUUGCUGUAUUUGUAGCAAAAUAUUAAAAUCCACAAUGAGCCAGAGUCAGAGGUGUUUAGAAACCAGGACCAACCAAGAUUCUGUUUUGACUGAAGAAGUAGACCCCAAAAUUACUGCUUUGAAAAAAAUAAUUUUCACUGUAAUUUGCUUUAAUUUUUCAACAAUUACCUUGUGUCACAACUUCUAUGAACAUAUGUACAUACAUAAUUAAAGAAAUUUUUAAAAUGGUUCAUUCAAACCUCACAGACUGAGUCACUGUUAUUUAUUAGA